AUGACUUUUGAGGAAUUAAUUGUGUGUUUGGGGAUUGAGGAGGACAACCGCAAGUCUGAGAAGUGGGCUGUUGUUUUCGAGUCAAAUUUUGUUGGAAAUCCUAAAGAAUGUAGAAGUAUUCCAUUUGCUCAAUCCUCGAAAAACCUCGACAAGGACAAGACUCGCUGUUUCAAGUGCCUUGAUCGAUCAUUGGAGAUUGUUUUGAUCAAAACUUUUAAAGAAGUUGAAGGAAAGAACAUUGAUUACCUCUCUGGUUUGGUUGGGAAGAAGAUUGUGCCUGUCUUACUUGUCCAAGACUGUGUCGAUGACAACAACGCGAGCGAGAUUAUUGGGUGGCUAAACAAGAAGAAGCGGUGGUCUACAGUGUUUGUUUGUUUUGGCAUCGAGUAUUUUCUAUCGGGGGAUGAGAUUGAAGAGAUAGCUUAUGGGUUGGAGCUUUCUGGUGUUAAUUUUGUAUGGUUUGUGAGGUUUUCAAUGGGAGCAAAUACAAGUGUUGAGAAGGCAAUGCCUAGAGGGUUCAUUGAGAGGGUAGGAGAGAGAGGCAUGGUGGUGAAAGGCUGGGCUCCUCAACUGAAGAUUUUGCUGCACCCAAGCAUUGGUGGUUUUGUGAGUCACUGUGGAUGGAGCUCAGUGAUGGAGGGAAUGAAGUUUGGAAGUCCAAUCACAGCCAUACCAAUGCAUCUUGAUCAGCCUGUAAAUGCUAGGUUGGUGAAGGAGAUAGGGAUUGACAUGGAGGCUGUGAGGGACAAGAAUGGGUUGCUUGAUCGAAAAAAUGUGGCCGAGGUGAUUCAGAAAGUGGUGGUUGAAGAUGGUGGGGAGGCGGUGAGGAGCAAAGCAAGGGAGUUAAGUGAAACCCUAAGUAUCAAAUGGGAGGAGGAUAUUAAUCCUCAAUAA